AUGACGGUAGAAGACAAGAAGCUCGACGUCGCCAGCGAAGCGGCCGUUCAACCUACGACCAGCAAUGGCGAGGGAGAGGUGCGCCAACACGGGCAGCUGGCGCGGGCUCUCAAGGGUCGACACAUGCAAAUGAUUGCAAUCGGUACGAGGAGCAUUGAGGACAGGAGGUCCGGCCGCUUUGGUGAGUAUCUCGACAUGAGCAUCGCCAAGUCAACUCGGACGGAACUGAACAUACUGCAGCUCAUAGGUUUCAUCAUCAUCGGCUGCAUGAUGAUGUGUACCGUUCAAGCUCUGGGAGAACUAGCGAUUAUCUAUCCCGUCAACGGAGCUUUCUACGAGUACGCUGUUCGCUUCAUUGAUCCAGCGUGGGGCUUUGCGAUGGGGUGGGAGUACUCCAUCGGGUGGAUGCUCACCCUCCCUUUCGAGAUCACAGCCGCCGGCAUUACCAUCGAAUUCUGGAAGAGCAGAGAGGAAGUCAACCCCGGCGUGUGGUGCGCCGUCUUCAUGUCACUCCUGAUAAUUAUACAAGUCUUUGGGAUCAUAGCAUGCAUCGGCUUCAUCAUCCUCGGAAUAAUCAUCAACACAGGAGGCGUGCCCACAGAUCCGAGAGGCUACAUUGGCGCACAGUACUGGCACGACCCAGGUGCAUUCCGGAACGGAUUUCAGGGGUUCUGCUCCGUCUUCGUCACCGCCGCCUUCUCCUUUGGCGGCACCGAAAUGGUAGGCCUCGCAGCCGCCGAGACCGCGAACCCCCGCAAGACCCUCCCCAAGGCUACCCGUCAGGUCUUUUGGCGGAUCACCCUCUUCUACAUUCUCAACAUCUUUAUCCUUGGCCUCAUCGUCCCCUCCGACAGUGACGUUCUCCUCGGAGCCAGCGGCGCAAAUACAAAGGCCUCGCCCUUUGUCCUGGCCGUCCAGCUCGCCGGGAUCCAGAUCCUCCCUCACAUCAUCAACGGCGUAAUAACCUGCGCCGUCAUCUCCGUAGCAAACAGCUGCACCUACGGCUCAACCCGCGUCCUCCAAGCCCUCGCCCAAUCCGGCCGCGCUCCCGCCAUCUUUGCCAAGAUUGACAAAAGCGGCAGGCCCAUCUACUGCGUGGCCCUGCAGGUCGCCUUCGGCUUCAUCUCCUUCAUCACCGUCGCCGCCGACAGCAGCCUCGUCUUCAACUGGCUGCUCGCCAUCACGGGCCUGUCGGGCCAGUUCGCGUACGCGACCAUCAUGAUUGCGCACAUUCGCUUCCGCAAGGCAUGGAGGGUGCAAGGCCGGAGCGCCGAGGAUAUCCCAUGGCGCUCGGCGUUGGGUGUCGCUGGUAGCUAUCUCGGCGUGUUUCUCGUUUGCUGUUCGCUGGCUGCGACAUUUUACUCCUCUCUCUUCCCUGUUGGAGGAAAGCCGAACGCAGAGUCGUUCUUCCAGGGAUACUUGGCAGCUCCCAUCACUAUUUCCCUCUUCUUGUUCUGGAAAGUUUAUACCAAGGACUGGGGAUUCGGCGUCGACUUGCACAGGGUUGAUCUCGACUUGGGAAGGCGGCCUGAGGAGGAGCUUGACGACAUCUACGAAGGAAACGAGGAAAAGACUAGCAUGUGGAGGCGGGGUUUGUCGGUCAUCUUCUAG